CUUUAAGCAUUUCCGCACAGCAGCCUGAGAGAAAGAGAAAGCCACCUACCAACUCGUGAACACACCGCAUUCCGCUCUUCGACAGGCUUCCACAAAGCACUCAAUUCCCAUCUCAUCUCGGGUGAUGGAGGCUUGAGGGAAAACGAUGGCGUCCCCUUCGCACGAUGGCGUUCGCUUCCAGCAGCUCGCCUCUGGUCGGAGCACGCCGAGAUCGUCCUUCGACUCUCACUCGGCGGCGCCCGACCCUCACGACGCCGAUGACGAGGCCUUCGCCCUCCUGUCGGCCGAUGCGUCUCUGAUGUCGGACGACGAUAUCGAGAUGGAGAAUCUUAAAUCCGUUGACGACGACGACGACGAUGACGACUGUGGUUCAUCCGCUCCGGGGCCCAGCCGACCGGGUCAUGUCCGAGGACUAUCCGACAUCGAUCCACAGAUCCAGGAUGCGAUCGAUGCUGAACGGAGCCUCACGCCUCGAGAGGCCAUUCGCGCGUAUCCCAUGGCCGUUUUCUGGAGCCUGGUGGUGUCUCUGUGUGUCAUUAUGGAAGGCUACGACACGAUUCUGAUAGGUAGCUUCUUCGCCCAUCCCGAGUUCGCCAAGAAAUACGGCGACGGGCAAGACAGCGAAGGUCGGGACCAGCUGUCUGCUUUAUGGCAAGCGAUCCUGGGCAACAGCAGCACAGUCGGCUGCAUCUUUGGCGUCGUCGCCAACGGCUUCAUCGUCGAGAGGUUCGGCCAGAAGUUCGCCCUCAUCAGCUCCCUGUUCGUCCUCUCCGGCUGCAUCUUCGUCACCUUCUUCGCCACCAACAAGGUCAUGCUCAUGCUCGGCCAGAUCGCCUGCGGCCUGCCGUGGGGUGUCUUCGCCUCGUCGGCGCCGGCCUACGCGUCCGAGGUGCUGCCCCUGGCGCUGCGCGUCUACCUGACCACGUGGACCAACAUGUGCUUCAUCAUCGGCCAGUUGAUGUCCGCCGCCGUCCUCGCCGGCCUGCUCCCCCGGAGAGACGAAUGGUCUUUCCGCAUCCCGUUCGCCCUGCAGUGGUCCUGGCCGGUGCUCCUCAUCCCGUUACUUGUCUUCGCCCCGGAGUCUCCGUGGCAUCUCGUCCGCAAUGGCCAGCUCGACAAAGCCGAAAAGGCAUUGUCCCGCCUCCAGAGACGGAAGGUCAACAACAUGGACGCCAAGGUCCGGUUGAAAGAAAUCAUCGAGACCGACCGCAUGGAGCAGAGGCAUCAGACGGGAACCAGCUACUGGGACUGUUUCCGGGGCGUGGAGAGGCGCCGGACGGAGAUCGCGUGCCUCGCCUUUGCCGGACAGGUCCUCUCGGGCUCGAGCUUCGCUUACAACUCGGUCUACUUCUUCCAGCAAGCGGGUCUGAAGCCGCAGGACAACUACGACCUCAACGUGGGCGGGACGGCGUUGGCCCUGAUCGGAACCGUCGUCAACUGGGUGGCGUUCAUGCCGUACUUUGGUCGCCGUCGCAUCUACCUCUGGGGCAUGUUCAGCAUGGCCACGAUCCUGUUCGUCAUCGGUAUCCUCGACAGGGUCGGACGCAUGCCGAACGCCGCCACCGAGCCGAUCGGCUGGGUGCAGGCCAGCCUCACCCUCGUCUGGACCUUCAUCUUCCAGCUCUCCGUCGGCCAGCUGGGGUGGGCGAUACCCGCGGAGGUCGGCUCGACGCGCCUGCGACAGAAGACAAUCUGCGUUGCGCGGUUCACGUACUACGUCAUGAGCCUGCUGGCCAGCACCAUCCAGCCGUACUUCAUCAACCCGAAUGCGUGGAACCUCAAGGGGACCACGGGGUUUGUCUGGGGCAGCUCGGCGUUUGCGACGUUUGUCUGGGCCUUCUUCCGAUUGCCAGAGACCAAAGGGCGCACGUACGAAGAAUUGGACUAUCUCUUCCAUAACGAAAUACCUACCAGAGAGUUCGAGAGUACCGAGGUCGACAUCUUUGACGGGGAGGAGGAGAAAGUUUUUUCGUCUUCUGCAAAGUAACGCGAGGGCCGUUGCAGCCCGUUCGUUCCUCUACACGGCCCUUUCUACCAGCUGUUUAUGUUGAACAGGCCGUCUGUGUUGCUCCCACCCUAUGCUGUGCCUUAUAGAAGAAAAUAAGAGGGGGAAAGGCCAAUAUGUGGAGGGCAAGACGAUUGGGAGAGAAGGACAAUGGCAGAAGAAGUGCCAUGAAGUUUGAACCGCCGUUGGAAAGGCCGUUGAAUGCCAAGACCCUUGCAAACAGACAUGAACAGGAAUUCCUGGUUUUCCUGUCUUUCGCUCCGUGAUCCACUCUCUCAAUGUUUGAUCGCAAAUUGGGACAAUAGAGUGUAGAAGUGUUUACUUUCAGGUACUAGAAUAGGAAGCAACCAUGUUUCUUUUUCGUAUCCCAAGGAACCCGCGCAGCUAUUUGCUUUGCUUUACAAAACAUCCAAUGAAGAGGAUGAGGAUUCCCUAGUGCAAGUGGCUGUAGCAGGUGGGGUUUAGACU